UUCUCCUGCCUCUUUGCUCCAUCGCACAGACAAAGGUCAGAAUGUUCCAAGCAGUGCUCAAGAGGAGAGCGGUAUAGGUGCUCCAUCCACGGCAAGCUUAAGAAGGCGCCCGAAACGUACAACACGUACGACCUCACUGCCACCACCGAUGCCUGUGAGGUUGAUGGCACCGCCUACCAGGUUGAUCUGCACUUCAAUGACGAGGCGCUGCACACCUACCUUGGGUUUGCAGCGACCAAGGCCAGCGCCAUCAUGCUGGAUAGCCGACGCAGGUUCAACAAGCUCGUGCUGACCCCCCUGCUGGACAUGUCCGAUGACACCCUCACCCUCACUGAUGCCACCCUCCGCGUGGGCCAAAAACAUGUCUUCGUCACCAUCCGCGCCUUCCAUAAGGCUGAGGAUCCAAGCGAAGACAUGUGCGACGAUGGCUGCGCUCCAGGCAGCCCCAACGGAAGCGCGCCCUCUGACACCACUGGCGAUGGCGCUGAGGCCUCCGAUGCCCACGCCUCGGAGGAUGAG